AUGUCGCCGCGCAAAAGUGAAAGCUCGCUUUUAAUUAACGCUCGUUGGGCAAGCUCUUCGCUGGCAUUCUGGGUGCGUAAUACCUCAGCCAAUUCACUUUUUAGCUCAGUAACGGCGCUCCCUAACCACUUGAUCCUCAGCCGUUCGUUCUUCGCCUCGUUGCCGCUUCCGCCGCGCAAUCCGGACCAUCAGCUCAGUGUUUUCUUCAAUGGCCUUCUUGAGAGAACUAUCAAGAGAAUUGUAGUCCUCCUGCCGAUGAUCCAGAAGUGCAUUUACUUGUUCACUGAGCAAUUUAACCGCGCUGGCUAACUCUUCGGACGAUAAUGAUGAAGACGAUGGGACUGAAGAGUAGACGUUUUCGAAAGCACUCGCGAGUAGGAGAAACACCAUCCACUUAAGACACUCCAUGAUUAUAAAAAUAAUAAAACAGUGUAUGAAAAAAAAUGUCAAUGAGCUUGCGGUAACGAUCGUAUGAAGCGA